UCAAAUUUCGGUCUUCGGUCCGAUCCGGGUGGGUCUGGUCCGAUCCGGUUGAUUUCACCCCUUUGGGGCGCGAAAACCCCAAAUUAAUUCUUUGCAGAGUUGCAGCUGCGAAAUGGAGGUGACGAACCUCAGCAAACAAUUGAUUUCACUUGCAGUCCAAAGAUGUCGAUUAUCAGGAGAUCCCUGCAGAAUUUCCGUCUUCCUCCGACAAAUCACGGUUUCCGAUUCCGUCUUCACUCAAAUCUCAAUUUCUGAUACUGGAGUUGGAAGUUGCUUGAAAGAAUUCCAGGAAUUGAAAAUUGGCUAUAAUGGCUUUGCCGAGUGGGAUGGUAUGCUUUCAGUCACAACAACGAGCCUAGGUGAUUCUGAGAUUUUCCAUUACAAGGUAAACCUAAAAGAGAACGCUCCUAACAAAAGGCUAAUUAAGCUCCCUUCAAGCCCAAAGAAAAAUGCUGUUUUCAGUGGAACUGAAGUGUCUACGUCUUCUGCUGAAGACAUGGAAUUAUUAUUGGCAGAUAUGUCUUCCUUUCUCAGAAAGAUGAUUAUUCUGAAGAUGCAUAACAUUGCAAUUGAGCUGGUGGCUGAAUCACGUGAUGAACAUGGAUUACAACAUGAAAAGGUCGUUCUGGCUACUGAGUUGACAUUACCUUCCCCAAAAUCAUCAAACGUACUACAGCUAGCAUCAGGACUUGAGGAUUAUGUUUGUAAACAUAGAAACUUUAAUGAAAAGUGCCAGUCUUGCUUUUCAAGCAGAGACAACCUGAAGGUAGGGAAUGGGCAAGCAUGCAGACAGAAGCACGGAAAUGAUGCAUUGACCGUGGAAGUUGUAAUUAUCAUCAGUGACAAUGAGUUAUUGGGUCCAUCAAAUUCAAGCCCGUCAUGCUUGAAGGCUUUUGAGUCAAAAACAGAGGUUCUAUAUUACAGAGAAUUCUCGCCCUGUUCAGUCCACCAGUCGGCUGUCAAAGCAUUAGGAAGCAUCAAGUGGAAUAAGUAUGGGUUGACUCCAAGAAGUAUUUCCGAUGAAGAGAAUUCUCUUGUAUUUGAAUGGGAGAACUUGCCACCAAACACCCAUAUUGACAUUGCCCUUCAUUCUUACGACAAGCAGGUGACUGUACCACCACUAAGGCAAGGAAUUCAACUCGAGACGAAGCUUGUGAAGGAAGCCAUCAGUCUUGCUCUGGAUGAUUUGAAAGAAAGGUACACUGGAGCUCUUCUUAGUGAUCACGCUUUGAAGAUCCAUAAUUAUGCCCCUGAUCUUGCAAGAAGCAUCUCUGGUCUGAUUCUGUCUUCAAAUGAUCCUAAUUUUCGAGAUGAAUGUUUCAGUCUCCUUGGCAUGCAAAUAGGCAAUGUUGAAGGAGAACUCUUAGAGAAGUGCAUAAAAGGUAAGAUUAUCUCGGCAAUAGACAUGAAUGACAGGAAGCCUCCAGGCUUGGGAUGCAAAGCAGCUGUGCCAUUUCUUUUCGGAGAUGAUCAUUUCCAAGAACCAGAAUACAUGGAUGAAUAUGAUGAAGGUGAGGAAGACAGCUGCAAUUUGAUGGAUUUCUAAUAAUGUAUAUCUAUUUUAUUACUACAUUCAGAUAUAUAAUUUUCCCGGAUUCUCGGUUAGUAUAUACAUAGUGCAGCAUACAAACUCCAAUGGUAUUGAUUACCAUGCUUGAAGGAAAAGGCUCUCAUCUUUAUGUAGAUUAGAUGAACUGCAAGCAUGUCUUCUCCUUUACUACUCAUUAUGCUAGUUCAAUUAAAGGUGUUUUGCUUUUA